AUGUUGUACGAGCUAAUUGCUAUCGUCCGCCCGGGCAGCCUCAACGAGGUUCGCGAGAUUGCUCGUAACGCCGGUGUCCAAGUCAUCCGCUCCGGCGGCGUCGUUCGCGGCAUCACCAACUGGGGUGCCUUCCGUCUGCCCAAGGUCACCACUAAGCACCAGGCCCGAUACACCGAGGGUCACCACUUCAUCAUGCGCUUCGAUUGCUCCGGUCCCGUUCAAACAUCUAUCCGACGCACCCUCGGUCUCGACCCGCGUAUGAUCAACUUCUCCGUCGUCAAGUUAGGCGACAAACUGGAGGAGAUCAAGGAUGUCGAGGGCAAGGUCGAAUGGAACAAGACCCGCAGCAUCGCCGAUUCCAUCUAA